GUUGUGAGUCGUGACAUCACAGAAGUACCUUCAGCCUUGUCGAGCCCGCUCUGCCCAGUGAUUCGCCGAACUGAGGUCGCCCGCCCGACAUCCUGUGCCUGGUGGCCAAUUAUGAGCUCAGACACUUUCGCAUCCUGCAGCCUUGUCCAACCCCUAGCCCCUCCACCGGGAAAGACCACCAGUGCCUUGCUGAGCGCUCGGGGGAAAAAAAGUUCACGAUGUCGAUUCUCAUUGUCGCCUGAUAGCUCACACCCGCACACGCACCCACAAAACUCUACAGGGUUUCCAUCCUUAGCGAAUUCAUAACGAUCGCUCACGGACAUGGAGGCCAAGCGCUCCAGCCUGGAGAUGAACCUCUUCCGCGCCCCCGCCGCGGCCCGGGCCGCCAAAACGCUCGACCGGGCGCUCUUCUCGCGCACGCUGCCCACGGCCGCCGCCUCGGUCCGCGACAACCGCCUCCUGUCCAAGUACCGCAAGCAGCUCGAGAAGUCACGCGACCUGCUCAUGCUCGACCGCUUCGACUCCAUCGCCGCCGACCCGGACCGCGAGCUUGCGUCCCAGGGCCGCAAGUGCCUCAUUCUCAAGCCCGAUAUCAAGCCUUCCCAACCUGACACAUGGAGCCCGAUACUGCAGGAGGCGUCCAGAGAGGGCGAUAUCAAGGUCGUGCCGUUUGAUGUCGCCAUUGACUACGAGCUGUGGAGUUACUGUGCGUCCUGAUGACAGUGAAGACACCCCCAUGGAUCAAAGCUCGCUGACACUGGGCCAACGCAGUGGACGUCAUGAGAUCGAUACUGCCCCAGGAGCUCCACGGCGAGAUCCCCGUCGGGUUCAACACGGCAGGUCACGUCGCCCACCUCAACCUGAGGAGCCAGUACCACCCCUACAAGUACAUCAUCGCCCAGGUCAUCAUCGACAAGAACCCCUCCAUCCGCACCGUCAUCAACAAGACGGACAAUGUCGGCACGGAGAGCGAGUUUCGCACCUUUGCCUACGAGGUCCUCGCCGGCCCCGACGACAUGCUCGUCGAGGUGAGCGAGGCGGGCUGCGUCUUCAAGUUCGACUACUCCAAGGUGUACUGGAACACCAAGCUCGGCACCGAGCACCAGCGUAUCACGGCGCUCUUCAAGCCCGGCGAGGUCGUAGCCGACGUCAUGGCUGGCAUUGGGCCCUUUGCCGCUCCGGCCGGCAAGAAGGGCGUCUUCGUCUGGGCCAACGAUAAGAAUCCAGAGAGCUACAGGUAUCUCGAGGAAGCGAUACGAAGAAAUAAGGUGUCCGAGUUCGUCAAGCCGUUCAACUAUGAUGGGCAUGACUUUAUCAAGACGGCCGCAGACCUCGUCCUCGAGGCAUCUCAGCGGGGUGACUGCGCCGUGGUCAAGCCAGCAAAAGUACCCAGGAGCGCGCCACCGGAGUCUCGCCCGCGGCCCGUCCAGGUUCCCGUGCCCCCGACCAUCUCUCACUUUGUGAUGAACCUGCCGGCCUCGGCCCUCGAGUUCCUGCACAACUACAAGGGUGUCUACUCGGGGCAGGAGAAGCUUUUCGCCCCGCACACUGGGACGAGGCUGCCCAUGGUUCACGCCCACUGCUUCGCUGUCAAGGCAGACGAUGCAACCGCCUUCAACGACAUCUGCCAGCGCAUCUACAACGAGGUCGGGGUCCGACUGCAACCAGGAGACGCGGAUAUCGACGGGCAGGUGACAAUCCAUGAGGUCCGCGACGUGGCGCCCGCGAAGCGCAUGUUUUGCGCCAGCUUCCGCCUGCCUCCCGAGGUCGCCUUCGCUCCCCGCAAAUGAUUGCGUUCCCAUGGGUUAGGUAUGCUCUCUGGCCCGGCCCUCCACCCCUCCUCUCCCCACGUACGACGGCUCUGUCCGACGUCUCCGAGCCAUGGAGGCGGGCCGCGUUUUAUGUACGUGCGGAGUUUCUUGAGCGUUCACUGCCGCAGUGACCGUCCCGGCGAGCCGCUGCUGCGCGGGAUUUCUCGGAGUCUGCCUUUUUUGCCACCGCCAGUGCGUCGACCGUCUGGCCACUUCUGCACUGUUAUCGUCGACGGCACGUAAUGCGCUGCCAGAGGCCUGCCAGCGACGCAGAGGCGCAUGCAGCAAUCCUGCGCUGCAAUCUCGGCAUGCAGCCGGUCAGCGAUGGCUCGCAUGAACAGGAAUUGCGGGGAGCGUUGUAUGUGCUACCUCUGUACGGUAGUACCACCAGCUUCCUUCCCUGUUCCUGUCCCGCCAUCCCUCCCUUCUCCCCGCCCGCCCCCUUCGUUUCUGUCCUUUUGCACUAUUACGGUCGACCUGCAAGCAUCCAUACACACGGACGGGGAGAAAGAAGGGGG